AUAUAGAUGAUAACAGAUAAGCAAAGUAAAAGGAAACCUUGGAAAAGGCGUCACACACAUAAAAAAAAAACAAGGUCAGUAAAGCAUUGACUAGGCUCUUGAUAAAUCCGCCGAAAUUGAAGUGAGGAUUUGUAUUUUCAUCUGAUGAUAAGUGGAAUAUUAAUAAACAUUGAUUGAUGGAAGAUAGACUGGUAGACAGUAUAACAAAGACGACGGUAUCUUAACAACGGCAACAACUCUUCAAUGUGAGCCUAUGAUGUAAUGCGUAAAUCGGCCUGUCUUCAUAAUGUCCUUUAAAGCCAAAUAAAGUUAAGUGGUUGGUAUUUUUCAUGAUGUCUCAAUUAUUGGAGAGUGAUUUAAGACCACUGUUUUCUUUGAAGUGCUUUUAGAACAAAAUUGUUGAAGAUUAUAUAGAAAGUGUACUGUGAAUAAAGAAACAUUGAUAUUUAAUAAUAAAGGAGGCAAUAAAAAGCAGGUUGUAUUGAAAUAAAUUAUUAAAAAUGAGCCAAAGAAGAUUAUCUGAUUUGUGAUGCAUGCUAAAUUGAAUCCAUGAAUUACAAGUUUAACAGUUUAGGACAAUAUUCUUCUGAAGACGUCAGUCUUAACUUAAGUAUUGUAGGAUCAUAAUUUCGCGGUAAGAAAGAUAUUUUCCACAGAGUUAAUUUUGAUUUUAAAAAAAGAAAUAAAGAGAAAGCUUCAAUGGCACAAAUUAAGGAGAAAGAAAAUGAGCUUCCACAAAUUGGUGACUUUUCUUGGGGAAAUAAAUCAAAAAGGAAGAAGAGAAGACCUCUUGCUUCAACUUCAACUGUUAAUGGAUUAACAUCUGUAUCGGUCCCUCAGCGUGCAGAGAUCAAUGACCCAAUAUUCCAGUUGAAAGGUCAGAAGAUGACCACACAACGUGUUGUAGAUGAGCAGCUAGCUAACACAAUUGCUAUGAACAAUGAGAAGAGGGAGGCGAUCAGAAAACGAGCCCAAGAGUUGGCUGAACAGAAAAAACAGAGAAAAGCAUACUCUACGCCACUGUAUACAUCAUUAACUGAGAGAAAGCAGAAUCUGAAGCCCCACAUACAGAGCAGUAGACACCAUUCCUCAUUACCAGUCUCGCCAGUACAAAGAAAGGAGAAAAUUCCCUCACCUAAAGAAGUAUGGCAAGCGGCGGAUCAUUCAAUAACAGAGAAGAGACCAUCCCCAUCACCUGUACCAAUGAAGAGGGAAAUAUCUAUAAAACUUGUCUCUCCAACACCAGAAGAUGAAGUUAAAGAUGAGGAGGAUGAUAAAGACAAGUUGUCCGAGAAAAAGGUCACUUUUAUAGAUGAGGGGAAAAAAACUACGCCAAAAUCAAGUAAGAUAAAGAAAGAAGAUGAGGACGCUGAUAGUAUAAACAGUGCUGACAAGGAAGAAGAAAUGAGACUAGAGGAGCAACGUCUGAUAGAAUCUCUCGAAAAACAAAGACUAUUACAACAACAGGAGCAGCAAAAACUGCUUGAAGAGGAACAGAGGAAAGAGAAAGAGAGAAAAGAAAAAGAACGAAUAGCAGAAGAAGAGAGAUUAAAAAAAAUGAAGGAGUCGCAUAAUAUGCAUAAACAACCAUUGUCAACGCAGAAUCAGAAUCAUGAUAAUUAUUAUGAGAAUACGAUGAAUGCCGCAGCUAAAAGAAAAAAAGGUAAAGCCAAGACUCAAUCAAAGCCAAUUAAAGUAGAGAAAGCACCAAAGAAACCUGCUAAGAAAGUAGUGGAAGAGAAACCACAAGACAAUGUGGUAAAUAGUGUGAAAUAUGUAAAACCAAGCAAACCUCUAGAUGAAGACAAAGAAAAGAAAAUAAAUACAAAGACUACCGAUAAUAAAACAAAAGCAAGGGAAAACCUUGUUAAAAAGUUAAAACAUGAUGAUGUGAAAGAACAAAUGCAAAAAGUUAUACCAAAGCCUAAACCAGAGCCACCAAGUAAACCUAUCUUGGCUGGUAUUGGAGCCCAGCAGAAGCCUGUAAAAGCCAUGGCGCAGGGUGUGAAACCUGAGAUGAAAGUUUCAGAAGAAAAGUUACCUGUUAGCAAACCUGCAGAUAUUGAGCCAGUCACAGAGGAGGAAAUUAUUAAACCAAAGUCACCAGCAAAUGAGAGAGGAAAGAGCAUUGUAGAACAAAGGGAGAUUGUGAAGAAAGAGAAAAGAGAUGGUAGAAAAUGUGUGAAAAAAAGUGAAGAAACAACUAAACCUCUUCCAGAACUUGAAGUUGAUGCGAAAAAAGUUGACCCUUGGAUAUUUGAUCAAGACGAUUUCUCAGAGAAGAAAGAUCUAGGGAAAGAGGAUUUACAAGUAGAAAUAGAGCCACUGCCAGUAUUAUCUGGAGAUUUAAAUCCUGAAUUAAUAGAGAAAGAGAAAAAGGAACGUAAAGAAAACAAGAGAAAAUCUGUACUAGCUAGCUUAAUUGGUAGUGAAAAAACAAUUAAAAAGUGGAGAAAACCAGGACAUCUAGAUAGUUCAUAUGCUGAUGAAUUACGGAGACUAGAAUUAGCUGAAGAGAGGAGGAAAAGACAAAUGGAGAUGUUUGAACGAUUAAAAAACAGACGAGUGUCAAAUUUUAGUGAUGCCUUUGAUGAUGGGUCACCAAGAUUUGAAGACUGUAAGAUAAAAAGUAGACCUAUGUCUGGUGAGUGCAGGCUAGACUUUGAUGAUGGUUUUCUGGCAAAGUACUGUAUAUUUACUAAAGGCAAUAUUGAGAUGUACAGACAUGCAUUUGAUGCAGUGGAUGAGGGAUCAAGUGGCUGGUUGGAGGGUGAAGAUGUAAUGAUUGCCCUCCGAGGUGUCAAUAAUAAACUCACUGAGGCAGAGGAGGAGUAUCUAUAUAGGGUAUUGGAGUUGACAGGUUACAAACUUACACAUGGUGCUGAUUUUAAGAUAUUCUCAGUGCUUGCUGCAUUAUCACAGAGGAUAUCUGCUCUUGAUAAGUGGAUGAAGAAUUUGAUUGGCAAAAUGGAUUUUAAAGCUCUUGAAAUGAAAAUGUUCAAGUGUAAAACAUUAUGGGAGUGUAAUGUUGAUAAAGACACUAACAGUAUAUCUAUAGAUCAGUUGUGUGUGGAUCUAAGGGCGGGUGGGGUUAGUUAUGAACAUGAAACGGAAGUUCGUGAGAAGUUGGCUCACUUACAUGCCAUAGAUUUACUCGAUUUCUUGACUUAUAUUCCAUUGUUCAUCAUGAUACAUGAAUCUGUGGUAAGGAAUCCCCUAGAUGAUACAAGAAACAAGUGAUGAUGUCACAGGAACUUAUGAGAGGAUCAAACAUAUUAAUUAAGGUGCAAAUUAUGGUUUUCAUAUUGAUGAGCAUGCAAGCAUUGAAUAUGUUCAUCUUAUAGAAAAUGCCAUAAGUUGUGAACAACCAGUGUGUUGAUGUAUAGUUAUGAAUGCGGAAAAGAAUUAGUACUAGUAAAUAAAGACAGGAUAUCCAUGAAGGAAGCAGAAUGAAGAAAACAUUUUGUAGUAAUUAAUGAUAGAAUAAAACUUCUCAUAAAUUUGACACAGACAAAUAAAAGGCAAUAGAGUAAAGAAUGGAGAAAUACCAAGAAAUUGGAAAAGGCAAAAAAGUCUUGUGUUAUUUAAGUUAAUCU